AUGGAGCUCAACUGCGUAUUGGGCCGAGGCCCGUUAGCUCUCAAGAACCUGAAGAGGGUGAGCCAACCAGAGGAGAGCAAACUGCUUCGACCGCAUUUCGUCAAACACCUUUCCCUCCAUCAUCUCCUCUUUCUCUCUCUUUCCGACACCGGAAUGAGGCUGCUGCGAUCGGCUUCCGAACAGUCGAAACCCGUGCUCCAUUCCCUUAAACCCCGCUUGCACCCCGCCCUCCAUCUCUCUCCUUUCCUCCGCCCCUUCUCCGCGGACCCUGGACCCGGACCCGAACUGUCGCGCCAGCCCAACGACGACCCGAUAGUCGCCCAGGCGCUCGGCCUCCUGCAAGCCCCCGAGAAUUCAUGGAACGCCGCCGAGCUCAGUCGCCUCCUCUUCCCCAGUCCUCCCCCAACCCCUGCCCACUUCUCCAAGAUCGCCCUCGGCUUGGGCGCCUCCGACAAAGCCCUCAAGUUCCUCGAGUUCGUCCAAUCGAAUUCUCCCCGGGACGAUGCGCCGGUUUUCGUCUCUCAUACGUUCCAGUCCGUCGUCAAGCUCGCGAGCCGGGAACCCAGUUGGGAGAAGGCCCUGCUCGAGCUGUAUAAGAUGUCGAGACAGAGGGACAUUCGUUUGACUGUCAAUGCGUCGACCCUUCUGGUCAGCUUCUUUGGGAGGGCUGGAAUGGUUGAUGAGGCGGUUUCUGCGUUUGAGGAUGUUGACAGGAAUGCUAGAGACGGGGAGCUUUACGAAUUGUAUGUUGGUAUGCUCUUCAGACACGGGAGGUUCGAGGGUGCGUUGAAGGUGCUCGACGAAAUGCUCGACCCAGGUUCGAGAUUUGCCGCCUCGAACAUUCCGGGUAAGAUUUUUUUCUCGGCCUUGUUGAGGAGACUGCAAGGAGAGGGGGGCAGCGAUGCAGAUGAGAUUGUUGGGUUUUUCCUGAAGCUUAUCGAACUCGGUGUUUUUCCUGACUCGGUAACACUUUCGAAGAUAAUUAAGAAUCUCUGUCGGAAUGGGGAGAUUGGAAGAGCAUGGGAUCUUGUGCUGCGAGUGAUUCAAUCAGGUGGACCCGUCGAAGCGGCGCCCUUCAAUGUUAUUUUGGUUGAGUUGGGGAAGCGUCUCGACUUCAAGAGGAUGAAUGAGCUUAUGAUUAAGAUGAAAGAAAUUAAUAUUCCACCUGACAUUGUGACCUUGGGAAUACUGAUUAACCAUUUGUGUAAGUCUCGCAGAGUUGAUGAUGCAUUGGAGGUUUUCGAGAGGAUCUGCACUAAACAGGAAGAGGGGUUGUCUUGUAAACCCGAUACAGUCAUUUAUAAUUGUCUUAUUGAUGGACUUUGUAAAGUAGGAAGGCUAGAUGAAGGGGCAGAACUACUAAGAAAGUUGACAUUGCAGGAUGGUUGCAAGCCUAAUGUCAUUACUUACAACUGCUUGAUCGAUGGUUACUGUAAAUGUUGUGAGAUCGAUAAGGCUCGUCAGCUAUUUGAUCAGAUGAGUGAAGAAGGGGUGCAACCAAAUGUAGUCACUGUUAAUAUUUUGGUUGAUGGUAUGUGCAAGUUUGGGAGAGUCGGUCAUGCGGUUGAGUUUCUUAAAGAAAUGAAAGUAAGAGAUUCAGUUGCUUACUACACAUUGAUCUCUGGAUUGUGCAACGCUGGAAGAAUGGAUGAUGCCAGUUCUGUUGCAACAGAGUUGAAGGCAGCUGGGUUCUCACUUGAUGUUGUGUGCUACAAUAAUCUGAUUGGUGGUUUCUGCAGGAAAAAUAAAUUAGAGGAGGCUUACGAGAUGCUCAAAGAAAUGGAGAGCUCUGGAGUAAAACCUGAUACUGUCACUUAUAAUUGUUUGUUAUCCUAUUUUGGGAAAACUGGAAAUCUUACAACUGCAAAUAAGCUGAUGAGACAGAUGAUUGAAAAGGGUCUCGUUCCCACUGUUGUAUCAUACGGUGCACUGAUUCAUGGAUACUGCCUCAAAAACAAUGUUGAGGAAGCCAUGAAAGUUUUCAGGGACAUGAAUUCCGUGUCGAAGAUCCCACCCAACACAGUAAUAUACAACAUUCUCAUAGAAUGUCUAUGCAGGAAUGACAAAGUGGAUGGUGCCUGUUCCUUAAUGGACGAUAUGAUGGAAAAAGGGGUAAGGCCGAAUACCACUACAUUUAACGCAUUGUUCAAAGGCCUUCGUCAGAUGAAUUGGUUGAAGAAAGCAUUUGAAAUGAUGGAUAGGAUGAAUGAACAUGCCUGUAAACCUGAUUAUGUAACGAUGGAGAUUCUAACAGAAUGGCUUUCAGCUGUGGGUGAAGUAGGGAAACUUAAGAAUUUUGUCCAAGGCUAUGAAGUUUCAGCUUGCACUGCCUAA